AUGGGUACUGGUGUUUCAACCAGCUGUCCCAAGAGCCCAACAGUCAGCUCGCACUGGCUGCAACACUCUGACCAGCCAUCAGUCAUCAGCCUACCAACGAGGGCAGGACAGUUACAGUCAAGACCACACAUCUCAGCUCACCUUCUCCCACCUUAUCGCCACGCCUUAGAGGUGGACUGUUCUGACUUUCCCAUCAAUAUUACCCCAGCCCAUACACGGAAAGGGAAGAACGUGUCAGUUCUAUCCUCAUUGCAACCCCACUACCGUCAUCUUCAGCCAAAGACACAGCAGCGGAAUGCCACAAGCAGUGUCCGCCCAUUUGCCUGCAGUGGGAGUGACUACUGCAUUUGUGGACGUUGUUCUCUCUCUACUGUCCUGCCUCAUGCUGCAGUGACAACGACUUUGGGUGUUGCAGCAAAUAACAUGAUUGCAGUCUGCUCUGAUGCCCAUACCCCUGCAAUAUCUGGCUCUAGCCCAGGUGGUGGCAUUACUGCAAAAGAGCAAGUUGUUCCCACCCGUAUCCUUGCCAGGACCCAGAUGGAAAUUCUCGAGCUGGAGAUGAGAGCCCGUGCAAUCAAGGCAAUGCUACAAGCAGCAAGUCAGUGCCGCCCUUUGGAACAGCAGCAGCCACCUCCAUCUUCGUAG